AUGGAGAAGAACAAUCUCACAGUGGUGAGUGAAUUCAUUCUGAUGGGCAUCACAGAUCGCCCUGAGCUGCAGACUACACUAUUUGGGCUGUUCUUCAUCAUCUAUGUAAGCACAGUGGUGGGUAACUUGGGGAUGAUCAUCCUUACCAUGGUGGAUUCUAGGUUAAAGACUCCGAUGUACUUUUUUCUCAGACACCUGGCUUUUACUGAUCUUGGUUAUUCUACAGCUAUAGAACCCAAAAUGUUAGUAAAUUUUAUUGUUGAUCAAAAUACAAUCUCCUAUGCAUUUUGUGCCGCACAACUAGCUUUCUUUUUUCUGUUCAUUGGUAGUGAACUUUUUAUUCUGUCUGCAAUGUCCUAUGACCGCUAUGUGGCUAUCUGUAAACCAUUACUCUAUACAGUUAUCAUGUCACAAAGAGUAUGUUGGGUACUGGUGACAGUCCCCUAUCUCUACUGUGCAUUUGUGUCUCUCUUAGUCACUAUUAAGAUUUUCACUUUAUCCUUCUGUGGCUACAAUGUCAUCAAUCAUUUCUACUGUGAUAGCAUGCCUUUAUUAUCUUUGAUCUGCUCAGAAGCACAUGACAUUGAAUUACUCAUUAUGAUCUUUGCAGCUUUUAAUUUGAUUUCCUCUCUUCUGUUGGUCCUUGUGUCCUACCUGCUCAUCCUUAUAGCUGUUCUCAAGAUGAGCUCUGCAAAGGGGAGGUGCAAGGCUUUCUCCACCUGUGGGUCCCACCUGACAGUGGUCAUAGUCUUCUAUGCAACGUUGAUAUCUAUAUACGUGCAACCCAAGUCCAGUCAUUCCCUUGAUACUGAUAAAGUGUCUUCUAUAUUUUAUACACUCAUUAUUCCAAUGUUGAAUCCUUUGAUCUAUAGCUUGAGGAAUAAAGAUGUAAAAUGUGCCAUAAAAAGAACAGGGAAACAUAUCGGCCACAGGGCCGGUCACCCCAAAGGCACUGAGAGGUCUCCAGAGAAGGGGCAGCCACCAGGCUCACAGAGGGACCCGCGCGGGGCUCCUGGUGGCCUCACCCAGGUCUCCUCCCCGCCCUCCCUCCCCCUCCCUCCCCCGCGGGCCGGGCCGGCAGGGGGCGCAGGGGCUCUCGGAGGCCGGAGGCGGGGGGCGGCGGCGGCCGCGCCGCGAUGGGACCGGAGGCGGCGCAGACAAAGGCGGCGGGCGAGCGAGCGCGGCGCGGGUGCGGAGUCGGAGCGCGGUGAGCGGGGCGCGGUUCGGGGACCCCAAGUUCCAAGCUCGGGGCCGGGGGUGGGGGGCGCGGGAGUCCCGAAGUUCCCGAGUCGGGGAGGAGAUGGCAUGGCGCGGGAGGUCCCCAAAGUCGCUGACUCCUCACUGCAGAACCGCGAAGGGGUCCCCGAAGUUCUGGGGUGCAGGAGCGGCGCGGAGACGGGGGCCCCCGAAGUUCCAGGCCGGGGACUGGAGGGAUGGCGGGGGGGGUCCCCAGAGUUCAGCGAUCGGGAGCAGCGCGGAGGACGACGUCUGCAAAGUUCUGGAGCGGGGGCCACUGGAGGCGGGGCGAGGGCGGGGGUCCCCGAAAUUGGGGACCUGAGGUUGGAGGAAGGAGAGGAGGGGGCCCCCCAAGUUGUGCACCCGGACUCGGGGAGCGAGCGUCUUGGGGACCGUGGAAGUUGCGGCGGCCGCCCAGCGCAUGACUGGCUGGUGAGUAACUUUUCCCGAACGCGGCAGGAGCGGCCGGAAGGGCCUGCAUUCCGGGGACCCCGUCACCCCGUCACCCCGUCACCCCGGCUUGGCCCAGGCCCGAGCUGCCGCCCCUCCCCCACUUAG